AGGCGCGCCCAGGUCGCCACGUGGAGCCGGAGUCCCUCUUCGGUGCGGGAGUUCCUUCUUUCUCGUUUGAGCCUGCGCUUCGGGCUUCCCAUAUAUAUAUCCUAGGAGUUUGGAGUUUGAUUUCCCAAAAUUCAAAGAUGCAAGUUGCCUGAGGAAGAAGCCUCUAAGGAGGAAGAUGAAAGACAAGGAGUCAGGAAUGGCUGUUUCUCAGGCACCGGUGACCUUCGAGGACGUGGCCAUUGAGUUCUCUCCGGAGGAGUGGGCCUGCCUGGACCCUGCGCAGAGGGCCUUGUACAGGGACGUGAUGCUGGAGACCUACAGGAACCUGCUCUCCCUGGAUAUCACUCGCAUACCUGUGAUGAAAUUACAAUCUAAAGGGAAAGGUGACGGAGACAUUUUCCAGACAUUGAUAUUGGAAUUACAAGAUCGCCCUGAAGUUAAAGCUUUUUACUUUAAGGACCUCCAGGGAGCCCUACCCGACACUGAGUGCCUGUGGAGAGAUAAAGAGAGAGUUGACCGAGGAAUGCCUGUACCCUCUAAAGAAAAUCUCAUGAAUAAAAGAAAUGAACCUUGGGCUCGGGAUGCAGGACAGAAGCCUGUUGAAAAUAGGCUUGGGUCAAGCUUUCAAAAGAAACUGCUGAUACAUCACACGGAAGGGAAAAUUUAUGCAUGUAACGAAGCCGUGAAGUCUCUCAACAGCAGUGGCUCUUUCUCGCCCCUUGAAAGAAUCCUGUCUCGUGUCCAAGCCACCAUUUCUAACAAGCAUGGGGACGAUCUUAGCCGUCCUUCCGCACAGAGAGGGGACCCGAAUGCACACAGCGGACAGCCUCACACAUGUCACGAGUGUGGGGAAACCUUUCCUCAGGGCUCACAGCUCAGUAAACAUCAGGUUAUCCACAGAGAAGAGAAAUCACGCACAUGUGACGGAUGCGGCAAAGUCUUGAGUAGCAGCUGGAACCUUAAAAUGCAUCAGCGAAUUCACACUGGAGAGAAACCGUACAAAUGCAGUGACUGCGGCAAGGUCUUUAGUCAAAAUUCCCAUCUCAGCAAACAUCGGCGAAUUCAUAGCAGGGAAUCAUCUCACCCGUGCGAUGCGUGCGGCAAGAGCUUUCCUCAGUCCUCAGCCCUCACCAGACAUCAGAGGAGCCACACUGCAGAGGCCAAAUCUAAAUGUGAUGUGUGUGGCAAAGUCUUCCGUCACCCUUGGAACCUGAAAAUGCACCAGAGGAUUCAUACUGGAGAGAAGCCACACACAUGCGACGUGUGUAGCAAGGCCUUUACGCAGCUGUGUUACCUGAAGAUUCACCAGAGAACUCACACCGGAGAGAAGCCGUACGCCUGCGACGUGUGCGGCAGAGCCUUCUCCGUGCGUUCAAACCUCACUAAUCAUCGGAUGAUCCACACCGGGAGACCUUUCCGGUGUAAUGAAUGCGGGAAGGGCUUCGUAAAGCGUUCCUACCUGGUGGAUCAUACGCGCAUUCAUACAGGAGAGAAGCCCUACACGUGUGCGGCAUGUGGCAAGGCCUUUCGGCAAAAAUCUGGCAUCAGGAUUCACCAGAGGUUUCACGAUGGGAAGAAGCCUUUCAAAUGCAAGGACUGUGGCAAAGCCUUCGCUCAGUGUUCCACUCUCACCACACAUCAGAUCAUCCAUAAAAGAGACAAGCCCUAUAAAUGCGAUGUGUGUGGGAAGGUCUUCAGUCAAAAAGCCCACGUGAAAGCCCAUCAGCGAAUUCACUCUGGGGAGAAACCAUACAAGUGUCAGGCAUGUGGCAAAGCCUUUAUCGGGCAGGGGAACCUGGCGUCCCAUCAGGUCAUCCACCUGGAAGAGAAGCCACACAAGUGUGACUUUUGUGGCAAGGGCUUCGGUCAGAACAUCCACCUUGUGAAUCACCGUCGAAUCCACACGGGGGAGAAACCUUACACGUGUCACGUGUGUGGGAGGGCCUUUAAUACGCAGUCCGGCCUAACUUACCAUCACGUGACCCAUACCGGAGAGAGGCCCCAUCCGUGUGACGUCUGCGGCAAGGGCUUCAGGAAGUCUUACCACCUGGUCAAUCAUAAGAGAAUCCACACCGGAGAAAAACCUUACGCAUGUAACGAGUGUGGCAAAGCGUUUCCCGUGCGGUCGACUUUGAAGCGCCAUCAGGUCAUCCACGCGGGAGGGAAACCACAUCAGUGUGAUGUGUGUGGCCAGGGCUUCGGAAGGAAAUCACACCUUGCGAAUCACCGUAGGAGUCACCGCGGAAGGAGACCGUGCACAUGAAAGACGAGGGUGGUCGACCUUAAGUUCCCAUCAGGGCAUCCGCACAGAAGAGGAAACCAUUUAAAUGCGAAGGAUGUGCAAAAUGCUUCCAUCAUGGGUCUCCACCUGUAGCAUUCGCCAUGGGAGAGAAGCCUUCCAGAUAGACUGAGCAGGUGGCCCACGCUUGGGACAUGACACGUGGUAGGAAUCCGGCAAGGCUCUUAGCGGGUGUCCUUCAUGAAAAAAAUUCAUGCUCCAUUGACGCCUUCUAACUGUUCCUUGAACGUGUCAAGGCCAUCGAGAGAAUGGUUUGACCAUAGUAUUCAGUAAAGAGUUUAUUCUGGAAAGAAA